GAGAUGAAGGACGUCUGCAUCCUGAACAAUAGGAACAGAUCGAUACCCGUGCUUGGAGCUAGCCUUAUGCCAAGGGAAAUAGCUAAGACAUGGAGGAAAAUGUCUCUGGAGUGGUUCAAUAGCAGAGCAUUUCUCUGCGGAAAAGUUGCUCCACUCGACCAGCCUGACAUGGACCAAGAAAUGUCUGCACGGCACGCAUGUGUCCGAAGGGAGAUGCACACUGCGAUUGAAUUAAAAAAUCUUAACAGCGCAGAGCAGUGUCUAUACUCCGCCCCUCAGCUUACGUGGUGGCUAUGUCCAGACACACAUCAAUCAGCUCUGCACAGGGCAGUCAAGAGGAACGCUUUCGACAUUUACGCCCUGCUCCUUGCAUGCAACUGUCGCUUCCUCAACGACGCUGAAAAGAGCUGCCUAGACAGAUUAUCGGUUGUCCAGCGCUGCGAAAUACAACGACAGACGUCAUUCAUUGAUGAUUACUUUAGCCAACACAUAGCGUUCCUUAAUAGUAAAUUGCAUGGCGUGUCCGAAUCUUUCAAAUGCAGAAUGAACGACUUGUUCGUUAAGCUUGACAGCAUCUCUUUGGUGAGAACUAUUCUCAAGGUCCUAGCCACGACUGAACACUUGAUUGUUGAUUGCAACGAAGAACGCAAUAGCGUCGAGUUCAUGUUGCCUACCGCAGUACGGAUGGAUGAUGGGACGAUCUACUUGGACGGAAAAGAGGAAGAAGUUCUUGGCUUACUUGCGCGCGCACUCUGUUCCUUGGCCCUGCAUCUGGUAUUCAACAACGGUGGGAAGCCGUACGGGAGCUAUGGUGUCUUCGCCGAGAGCCACUACCAAGAAAGUGUGGAGUGUCUUAUGGAAAACAGAGCAAUAUCAGACAGUAUUUUGAGAGCUGCCUUGUCCCAUGACUCCAAGACGGAUCUGAUCACCGGCGUGCCUCAGGUGCUUGCUUACUACAACGACGCAGGAAAAGGAGACACUCUUCUGAAGCAAGAGGCCGGGGAGCUAUACCGCUUCUUCAAAUACCAUGUUGUUUCCAGCAUGGAAGUUUAUAUUGAGGAAACCAUGCUGGAAAGGGAAGCUGAAGAAAUCAGAACUAGCAAUGAAAAAUUGGGAAGGCGCUGGGAUGAAUGCGUGCCAAAAAAGUUCGCGAAUAGCUAUAUGUACCAUAACCUUCCUCAUGCUUGUCUUUCUGUUCUCACAGCGCCUACCUUACUGUUCCUUGAGGAACUUGUGGAUAAUGCUUUCUACUGUGUACAUCGGUUUUUGUUUCUGGAAGCUCGUCGGUGGGACAGCGUGUCGCGCAAAGUACUCAGUGAAAAUCGUUGCGUUAUUGUGACAAUUUCUUGCGGAGGAAUGUGUGAUAUACAAGAAAUUCUAGAAGUGCUGCACGAAGUGAAGGAAGUGCAAGGUGCAAAAAUCAUUCUGCUUGUGGAAACACAAAACAUCGAAUAUUACGUGGCACAAGUUAAGGGAAACGCCUUCUUCGAGAAAAAACACGCCGUGCAGGAAGUAGACCGAGCUCGUUUCGAAAACGUCUCACGCUAUUGGGCAACUGAUGUGUUGAAAGAAAUGAGAGUACGUCUCCUUUCAUCCGAAGCAUCGUUUUCCUGUGACGUGGUCUUCAACAUGAGCGGCUCUGUUGACCUCCUCGACGAGGCUACGUUCGUCAAGUUAUGCAAGAAAGAAUGUCUCGUGAUUGGUCAAGGGCACCAUGGAAGUAGCCAAGAGCCCGUCGGAAGCAACCAUCUGGACGACUUGGUAGAAACCGCGAGUCCAUAUAGUUUACCUCGGAUUACGCUGAAGUUUGAGAGAGCUGUGAUGAUUGAGAUGAACACUCUCUUCGAUGUCUUGUACCUGGACGAAGCCUUGGCGAUUUGUUCCCUGUCCUCCAGAGAAAGCAUAGCUUCAGAGCUUCCCAACGGAGAGGAUAUUUAUAGCAUGGAUGAAUUGGACGAGUUUCGGCAAUUCGUCUUUCUCAAGUGCGCUGAACAAUAUGAUGAUCUAAUCAGGUCCAGUUAUUACAGUGACAGGAUAGUUCAUCUGCUCGAAUUCGACCUAUUAAAAAGACGUUUCCUGUGGAGAAAGUCCAACGGUCCUUCAAGCCACCUUCCAAUUUCGGACAAAUACACGUACGACGUGAGGUGUGCGUUGAAUACCAAAGAAAAAAUUGUCGUUGUCUGUGGAACACCGGGGAUGGGGAAGACAACGAUCGCUCGUCAACUGGCAAAGGAAGUGAAAGCGGAAAAUGGUAAAAUAUGGGUUUUAUAUAUUGAUCUCCCAAAUCAAGAACGGCUGGGGAAUUUAAGAGAUCCGGUCGAGACUUUCAGGAAGUUCGCAGCUCUAUGUGGAGUAAAGGAUGACGGUAUUGAGUACAGCGUCUUCUGGGAGCUGAUAAGCAGUACAAGUCCUGUUAAGACAUGCAUUGCUUUUGACGGGUAUGACGCCAUAACUGAAGGUGCAAGGGAAGUCACGUUGAUACUCGUUAGGUGCCUCGCUGAAGAGACAUCUCUUAAGCUGUUCGUAUUCAGUCGCACUGUGUUCAAGGACAGCUUGCAAGAUGCCCUACACACGGUACCGUACGAAUUAGCACCUAUCGAGGCGCAAGACAGCGAGAUGUUCUUCAAAAAAUGCGGUCGGAAUAAAUCGUCACGUUCAGUCCUCAGUAAAGUUGCUGAGAUCUACAGGAAUGGUAGCAACUUGGCAGAGUUGCAAAGCCCUAUGGCACUUCGCAUAAUAGCAGAACUGCUCUGUGCAGAUGACGCUGAAGACAGGUCGCAAUUCGUCCAGGACAUUUUCAGACGAAGUGAUGACGUUACUCUCCUCGAUCUCUUGAAGUUGUACAUUGAGACGAAGUAUAUGGCCUACAGGAAACAGAAGGAAGAAGCAGGCGACCACGCAGGCACCGUGUCGCACGAUGGUGGAGCGUCCAAACACGAGUUUCACGAAGUAUACGGUCUGCUGGCUUUAAGGGCCAUAUUCAACGAGGAUAUGUGCGCGCGAAUUUUAAACCAGACGCGGCUCGGAAGUACAAGUCCCGAUGUGCAGCUAAGGAAAGACGCGGCUGAGUUCGUGAGGGGUCAUGGCAUAGUGGUGAGCAUCAACGACGGAGUUCCUGUUUUCGCACAAAGAACCUUGGCUGAACUAUUCGCAGCCGAGUUCCUGUCCCAAAGAGUCAGCCAGAGUAGGACGAAGAAUGCACCAUUGAGUUAUAUUCUUUCAACUCUGUCCGCGGAUGACGCGUAUAGCGGAGUACUCAAGUUCUUCAAGGGUCUCGAAGAAGCUUCGAACUCGAUGGACUGGGCUGCCGUAGAAGACUCUGAUGAUGAUUUGGAUAUUGAUUUCGAUAUUGAUAUCGAUGAUUAUUCCGAUUGAUUUCGACGGAGAACCCACUCGCUUGCUACAAACUUGGAAAUAAUGGCAUGACACGCUACCGCGAAGGGAACAUUUUAAAAGUUAUUGACAGCAUCAUUGUACGACGCGAAAGUACGAAGAAGGUCAGUGCAGCGGUGUUACGAAAUCAUCAGUUUCGGAUAGCGCCUAUCAUGUCUGCCAAGAAAUUCAAAAGGUAGCACGCGCUCGACCUGUUCCUCUGUUGGUGAAAACAAGGAGACCGGACACACAGACAAGACGAAGGCACAAGACAUAGCAGUACUGGCGCGAUGUCUAAUAUUAUUUACCUCUAAUAAAAUGCGCUAAACCAGU